UUCAUACCAAUUAAUAAGGCAAAUCCUUCAAAUCAAUUAACACUCAAACAUCAUGGCUAAAACCUUGCCAAAUCUCACCUUCACCUCCCUCAUUCUGACCAUCGUCACAGUUCUCUUCUCCUCCUUAACCCUUUCCACAGCAAAACCUUAUCGUUUCUCAAGAACCAUAUCCCCAGAAUCACUAGGACUCAAGAAAGAGAAUCUGAGCCACUUUCAUUUUUACUUCCAUGACAUACUCAGCGGACCAAAGCCUACAGCAGUUCGGGUAGCCAGUGCACCUAUGACCAGCACUUCGGCAACUUUCUUCGGCUCCGUGGUGAUGAUAGAUAACCCUUUGACGGUUGGGCCUGAGUUAAACUCCAAGCUUGUGGGAAGAGCGCAAGGGAUUUAUGCCUCUGCAUCACAAACCGAAGUUGGGCUUUUGAUGGUUUUGAACCUUGCUUUCACUCAUGGUAAGUACAAUGGCAGUGCCCUUAGCAUUUUGGGGCGUAACCCCGUAUUUUCUACCGUGCGGGAGAUGCCGAUUGUUGGUGGCAGUGGGUUUUUCAGAUUUGCACGUGGUUAUGCCCGGGCCAAGACUCACUCUUUUGAUCUCAGCACUGGGAAUGCCGUUGUGGAGUACAAUGUCUAUGUCUUCCAUUAUUGA